AUGGCUUCCAAUGCUCCAUCCUUCCGCCAAACCAUUGGCAUUCCUCCUUCCACGGCGUCUGUCAAAGACUCCACUCUGAUUAUUGUCGAUGCGCAAAACGAAUACGCCUCGGGCCAGCUGAAGGUCGAGAAUGUUGCCCAGAGCCGCAAAGUCAUCGCCGACUUACUGUCUCGGUACCGGGAUGGUGGCAACGGCUCCAAUAUCGUCCACGUGGUCCACGAGGUGCCGGCCGGUGCCCCCGUCUUUACUCCGGGCACUGCGUUAGCUCAAGAGUUCGAGGAGCUGACACCAAGGGCCGGUGAAAAGAUCGUCACAAAGAACUUCCCGAGCUCUUUCGCUCAGACCGACCUCCACGAGUACCUGGGCGGCUUGGGCGAUGUGGGGAAGAAGAUUGUCCUGGUCGGGUAUAUGGCACACGUGUGUAUUUCCACCACCGCCAGGGCCGGCAGUGAAUUGGGCUACGAUGUGGUUGUGGUGAAGGAUGCCGUGGGUGACCGUCAUAUCCCUGGGGUUGAAGCCGAGCAGUUGGUGGCGGUGGUGCUCAACGAGUUGGCCGAUGCUUUCGGGACAGUUGUUUCCGCGGAGGAGAUUAGCUCUUAG